AUGGGUGUAGAGAACCCCUCCUAUGCCCAACUCUGCAUUCCCCCUCUGCACUCUUUUCUUCAAGUUAAUUUUCCCAAACGCCUCCGCAGAAGAAAGACGAGAGGAAAACAGCAGAACAGCAGCUGAACCAUCAGAGGAUCCAGGAGUUUAUAUCCUGUUGCUCUGAACAUAACGAAGUUAUAAAGUUUGCCUCAGAGAGUGGCCCCACCUCCACUUCUCUCUGUCUUGUGAUAAAUAAGAUCCUCAUGACAGAUGAAAAGCUGCAUGACGAAAGAGCUGAGUUUCCUCAGGAGCCACAAAUUAACUCCGCUGGACGUAUUUUGCUGCAAACAGCCAUGGUGUGUCUGCUGGUAUCCGUGACUGUCCUGCAUCUGGUCAGCUUGGCCAUGCUUUUCAUCGCCACUCUGGAAAAGUCCUGGUGGGUUUGGACAGAGACAGAAAUCACUGACCUUUGGCACAACUGCUUCUACAUGAACUCCACACAAACCUGGGUUUGUGCAGCAGCCACCGAAAGCGACUGGCUCCAGUCCGUUCAGGCCCUCAUGAUCCUGUCUGUGGUCUUUUCGUCCGUCUCUCUCCUGGUUUUUCUCGGUCAGCUCAUCUUCUUGUCCAGGGGACGUCUCUUCUACUUUACAGGCCUCUGCCAGGCAUUCGCAGGUUUUACAGAUUUUGCCGCUUGCCUCAUCUUCACCUUCCACAGAAAGGAGAUUCUAAGUAACUCCAGAGAUCCAAGCAACGGACGCUUUGGCUUCUGCGUCAUCCUGGCGUGGCUGUGCGUCCCUCUGCUUCUCAUCAGUGGAGUCCUGUACGUCCAUCUGCGCAAGAAGCAGUGAGGCAAGAAGAGAUAAAUACAUAGAGGGAGCUGUUUUCAGAGAACCUUUAAAUAGAACGAGGUUAAAUGUCCAGGAGCGACACAUUUUAUUUUAUUUUAUUCUCCUGUAUGGUGAAAUAAUCUUGAUAGCAUCUCAGAAAUUAUUUGAGCUCUAAGCUCAUUGUGUAAUAUGAAGCAUUAUGAAAAAAGAAUAAACUCAUAACCUGUUUUUAA